UCUUUUCAGAGAACAGAAGAAAAUGCUCCAAGCUCAGGACAUCACGCCAUUACACAGCAUGGAGUUGGUACAGGAAUCCCUGACAUUUCACGAUGUGGCCGUGGACUUCACCUGGGAGGAGUGGCAGCUCCUAGGCCCCGAGCAGAAGGACCUGUACACGGACGUGAUGUUGGAGACCUACAGCCACCUGGUGUCAGUGGGUUGUGAGGCCAGCAAACCAGACUUACUUUCCAAGUUGGGUAAUGGAGAAGCACCAUGGACAGUGGCAGGUGAAAUCCACUGUGGAACCCGUUCAGAAAUCUGUAAACAUGAUGAUAAUCUGCGAGAACACUUACAAAAUGAAAGCCUAGAACAAUGGCAUCAACGUAACACAUGUGAAAAUACCGCCCAUGAGAGCACAAACCAUUCUCUGUUAGGACAAAAACAUAUGUUUGACUCACAUGGAAAAAAUAUGAAAUCAGAUUUUUCUUUACUUAACCGGAGGAGAAACUAUGAAAUCAAGACGCCCACUGAGUAUUCUAAAGCUGGACAAUCCUUUCUCCAUGCUAACGGUGAACAAUUUCAGGCUGAAAUAAAAUUUCAUGAAAGCCGAAAACUCCUCAACACUGAGUCUCAACUCGUCAAACCUCAGAAACCUCAGAAAAGACAGAAGGCUCACGUAUGCAGUGACUGUGGGAAAGCCUUCAAGAAGAAGUCUUGCCUCACUGAUCAUCAGGUCAUUCAUACAGGUGAGAAGCCACAUCAAUGCAGUGAGGGCGGGAAAGCUUUCUCCAGAAACUUCAUGCUCACUGAACGCCAGAGAACGCACACAGGGGAGAAACCUUAUAAAUGCUCUGAAUGUGGCAAAGCAUUUCUCAAAAAAUCCUUACUCAAUAUACAUCAGAGAACACACACAGGAGAGAAGCCCUUCAUAUGCACUGAGUGUGGGAAAGGCUUCACCCGGAACGGCGACCUCGUUGUACACAGGCGAAUUCACACGGGGGAGAAACCUUGUAUAUGCAAGGAAUGUGGGAAAGGCUUCAUCCGGAUGAGCAAUCUCACUGUACACAGGCGAAUUCACACGGGGGAGAAGCCUUAUGUAUGCAACGAAUGUGGGAAAGGCUUCAUCCAGAAGGGCGAUCUCAUAGCACAUCAGAGAUUUCACACAGGAAAGACGCCCUUUGUGUGCAGUGAGUGUGGAAAAUUCUUCUCCCGGAAGUUAAGUCUCAUUAAACAUCAAAGAAUUCACACUACAGAGAGACCCUAUACCUGCAACACGUGUGGGGAAGCUUUUGCCUACAUGUCUACCCUUGUGACACAUAAAAAAAUACACCCAAGAGCAACACGGGGUGGCCCAGUCAAGGCGAUACUUCCUCGCUCAGAGAAUCCCAGCUCAUCACAGGCCAGUGUUGUCCUGCAGGAGAUAAACCUUGUUAAUACGGUGACUAUGCCGGGGCCUUCUGUGGUCCCUCCGACAGUAUUAAACAUGAGUGGGCCUCUGGCAAACAGGAAUGUAGUCACCGUGGGUGAGCCUGAGGCCAGAGGUGCACAGGAUAGAAACCUUCUGAAUGCAGUGAGUGUGGUCUCACCUUCAGUGACCAAUUACGUGUUACUUUAUGUCACAGGAAACCAAUAGGAGUCAUCCUGUGUGCAAAGAUUUCAUCAAAAAAUUCUAGUUCAGGUUAUUGUUGAAAAGUAUUACCUGAGAGAAAUUGUCUACAUGCUGAAACUGGGAAGUUAUGAGAGUUUCCUGCUAUUGCACAUAUGCACUGCUACGAAGGCAUACUCUGGUCUUAACCCAAACACAUACAUCAAUUGGUCAAUUGUGUCAGUUGAAGAAAUAAAAGGAGCUAUUUGGAGGUAAUAAGUGAAUUUCGAAAACAUGAACGUAAUUUGUAUCUGAAAUGUUGGUAUGAGUGAAAACCACUAAAGUGCUAAGACUGGAUUAGUGGUAUAUGUGCAUACAUUUAUCAAUUCAGUUUCCCCAGGCCAGUGUGAAUGGUUAAUUGAAAAUGGGUGUAUCUACCUAAACUCUUUAAGAAGUUUAUGUUAUGCAGAGGGACCUAUGAAACAGAAGCCUUAUAUUGGGUCUAUUCAUUUAUUUAUACUGAGUUUCUGUCAAGUACUUCCUUUGUACCUGGUUCUGUUCCAGGAGCUGAAGAGGCAGUAGUGAUGAGAAGAGAAGAAGGUCAUGGUGUCCCAGAGACAGCAUUCAGGUAGUCAUGUGAUCUUAUCUCUAAGUGGCACCUGUACACACCAGCUAAUCGUGUAAGGGUAUGUCGGUGUCUACACCCGGGAAACGGGCCUGGUCUUAGUUUGUUCUCAUUGUGGUAAGAUAAUACCAUAGCCUGGGUGGCUUAUAGAAGCAGAAAUUUAUUUAAGUAGAACCCAUUUUGUAAAUUAUAUUCAUGCCUAUCACAAUGUUGUACACCUAAAACUAAUAUAAUGCUAUAUGUCCACUGUAAUUGGAGCCCUCAUGAACUGUAAGCAAACUAAACAAAAUUCAAACUAGAGAGGAUCAAAAAACUUACUCCCAUUUGGGUUUAUUUGUGGCUGUAAGAGAAAGUUUACCAAUUAGGAAACAGUUUCAAUGUACUGAGGGAUCUGCAAUUGGCAUAAGAAUAUUAUUAAAAUAUUUUGCAAACCCUA